CCUCCCCACUCUUCAUCAACUCUCCCAUCAGGACCACGGGGAUGUGAUGCACUGAUACAGACCAGGCUGGAAAACAACUUUGUAUUUUGAGGGGUGGGGAGUGAUCGUGGAUAGCUCACGCGGCAGUAACUCCAAACUGAGGGGGGUGGAGGGGUGGGUCAAUUAGUAAAGUGUGUUUUUGUUUGCUUUAUUUUUUUUAUUUGAUUUUUUGCACCAUCAACUACAACUAAGCAGCCCCGUCCUGUGUUGUGUUUCCCAUAUGUCGCGAAAGCAGGUCGACCAUGACUACAAUCUCCGUAGCAUGAGCAACCUGAUGGGCGAGCGGAGGAAGAAAGUGAGCGAUGGAGGAGAGCGGAGUCUCAUCAAGGCUCCGUCCAGCGCCAGCAUCAGCAGCCAGGGCGCCUCCGCCGGGGCUUCCACCGCAGGCGCGCCCGCGGCACCCGCCGCCUCCUCCUCCACCACCACCGGGGACCUGGAGAGGGCUGCGCGCAAGCAGUUCCAGCAGGAUGUCACGCCCGGCUUUGUCUACGUGCUGGCCGCGUUCUCCGCCCUGGGGGGGUUCUUGUUCGGCUACGACACCGGGGUGAUCUCCGGGGCGAUGCUCCUGCUGAAGAGGGAGCUGGACCUGAGCGCCCUGUGGCAGGAGGUGCUCAUAUCAAGUACUGUGGCCGCGGCUGCCCUCUCCGCCCUGCUGGGCGGCUUCCUCAACGGGCUCUUCGGGCGCCGAGUGUGCAUCCUGCUGGCCAGCUUCUUCUUCGCCGUCGGGGGGGUCGUCAUGAGCACCGCCCCAGGCAAGGAGGUUCUCCUGGCGGGGAGGCUCAUCGUCGGCGUGGGGCUCGGUAUUGCCUCUAUGACAGUGCCAGUGUACAUCGCUGAGGCCUCUCCGCCCCACCUCAGGGGUCAGCUGGUGACGGUUAACACCCUCUUCAUCACCGGCGGACAGUUCACUGCCAGCCUCGUCGACGGCGCCUUCAGCUACCUGCAGCGCGACGGCUGGAGGUACAUGUUGGGUCUGUCGGUGGUCCCCGCCGUGCUCCAGUUCGUGGGCUUCCUGUUCCUGCCGGAGAGCCCUCGCUGGUUGAUCCAACGCGGGCUGACCCAGAAGGCCCGCCGCGUGCUCAGUCAGAUCCGAGGCAACCAGAACAUCGACGAGGAGUACGACAGCAUCAAGAACAGCAUCGAUGAGGAGGAGGACAGCGGAGGAGAAGGCCCCGUGAUUUGGAGGAUGCUGACCUACCCCUCCACUCGGCGAGCCCUCCUGGUGGGCUGCGGUCUUCAGAUGUUCCAGCAGCUUUCCGGAAUCAACACGGUCAUGUACUACAGCGCCACCAUCCUGCAGAUGUCGGGGGUGCGGGACGACAGGCUGGCGAUCUGGCUGGCCGGGCUCACCACCUUCACCAACUUCCUGUUCACCCUGCUGGGAGUGUGGCUGGUGGAGAGAGUGGGGCGCAGGAAGCUCACCUUGGGCAGUAUCGUAGGGACAUGUUUGAGUUUGAGUCUGCUGGCCAUCGGUUUCCUGAUGACGGCCCAGCACAGUCCUCCUGUCACCUUCCACCCAUUAGACCCAUCUAUGGCCAACUCUACCUGCUCCAAAUACCAGCUGUGCGAGCCGUGCAUGCUGGACCCCGGGUGCGGCUUCUGUUACCGUGAGAACGCCUCGGCGCUCCUCGCCUCCUCCUGUGUGCCAGUCAAUAAGGCCUCCACCGAGCGAGCAGCGUGGGGCAGAUGCUCCAACUCCAGCUUGAUGAGAGAUCAGACCUACUGGGCCUACAACUACUGUCCCACCUCCUACUCCUGGCUGGUCUUACUGGGUCUGGUCCUCUACCUGGCUGCUUUCGCUCCAGGGAUGGGCCCAAUGCCGUGGACCAUCAACUCGGAGAUCUACCCUCUGUGGGCGAGGAGCACGGGCAACGCCUGCGCAGCCGGAGUCAACUGGACCUUCAACAUCCUGGUGUCGCUCACCUUCCUGCACCUGGCUCAGUACUUCACCUACUAUGGAGCUUUCUUCCUCUACUCCAGCCUGGCUCUGUUGGGCUUCUUCUUCAUCUACGGCUGCCUGCCGGAGACCAAAGGCCGCCGCCUGGAGGAGAUCGAAGCGCUGUUCGAAAACCAGCUCUGCUCCUGCGGCGCCUCGGAUUCGGACGAGGGAAGGCAGGUGGAAUACAUCCGAGUCAAAGGUUCAAACUACCAUCUAUCGGACAACGACGCAUCAGACGUGGACUAGGGGGAGGUCGAGGGUUUUGGUUAGCUUCGGGGGAUUACUUAAACAUGCAGAGUGUAAUGUCAAAUUUUACUUUCUUUUUUUUAAUGUGUGAGCUGAGCAGCCACUGUUGGUUAGGAAUCACAGUUUCAAAGGCCUUUUGCUUGGAGCAGGAUGUGACAUGUGAGUGUGUUCACUUCCAACUCAGUCAAAUCGAUGACAGGUCAAAAUGACACGUCGGCCUGUUCUCUGAAUUAACUGAGUCUGGAGUCAAACCUGCUUUAGUCCACAGCUGAAUUUUCAACCAUGCACUACAAAAUGUCUAAAUUACAAAAAGGCUUAAACGUUGCCUUUUCCACACAUCGCAGACAGGAAACCCGACUGUUGAACACACAUUGCAUGUCCAAAAUACAAGGGACAUUCCUCUCUCAUGAAGUCCACCGAUGAAGAGGCUGCAGCUCAGUGUCAGUAUAAGAUGUUCCUAAUAUUUUGUACAUUUGUUGACUAUAAUUUAUGAUUUUUAUAUACGAUGUUGUACGUACAGUAUAAGAAGUCAAACUCAGCCAUCCUCCACCAUUAGGUCAGGACACGUUUCCAUCGAGAGCUCCAUUUAUAACGCUAAAUGUCGUCUUGAACCCACAAAAGUUUUUGUUGUCGAUCCAUAGUACCAUUAUGCCUUUCUAUAUGAAACACAUCUCAGUUACAUGUUGCUGAAAGCUUGUAGCGUUAGCGCACUAAUGUCAGUUCCUCAUCUGAUGGCAGUCGUUGUUAGCGGUAUAUUUUUAUGAAAAGCAAACACCAGAGAUGUACAGUAUAUUGUCCCAAGCUCAGAAAACUGGUUUUGUCAGUUGGUGCCUAAAUGAAACCACUCUUCAAUCUAGUAGCACUGAAAGGAAAAACAAGUUAUGUUUCUAUUUAUUUAAAUAUUAUUUUGCGACAAAGUAUUGCUUCAGCGUUGUUUCGGUCUUGCAAUUCUGUGGAAGAGUACCGUCUCGUGUCACGAAGUCAAAACCUACACUAUGGCCCCAUGUUAUAAACAUGUGAUGUCCAGCAAAGACCGUGGUCGACAUGUUUUCAUAUGGAGACCUGACUUGUAUUCUCGUUCUAUCCUAGACAUGAUAAUAUUAGUGCCUGUGUAUUGUGAAGGUCCCUAAUGGCCGUUUUUCAGUCCAAAUCCCUGAAGUGGAUGUAUUCCAUCAUGUUAUGAUAAUUACAUUUUUUUUUUUGACAUGUACAUAUUUGCAUUUCACCUGUGCUGAAUGUUAUAUUUUUUUACUAUAAUUUCAUGUAUUUUUGUCUUCCUCCAUAGCCUUAUGUACAAAUAGCAGAGCAUAUCAUUUACGUGGUUCUCGUGUCAAACGUCGAGGAGUUGGCUUUAGCGUAGUUUGCCAAUGUUGUUUUGUAAAGAAAAUAGUGUGAGGUUACUCCUCCUUAGUCAAAUACACACAAAAAAAACUGUUUGGAAGUAGACUACGGAGUAACUUUGUGUAUUAAAUCAAAAACAGGUAAAUCGUGCAUUAACAGGCUGCGCUGUUACUGUGUCCAGUGAACGGGUGAAGUUCCAUCAUUUUUUUUCUUUUUUUUUGACACGUGGGUCUGAACCCAUCAUGAAUUAAUGAGAUACAAUACCUCUUUUUAAUAAACUUUUCAAAUAAGAAGCUGUUCAUCAAAUGCCGUGG